AUGUGGGUAAACAGUGGUUUUCCAUGGUAUGGCUUCAACCCUCAUGGGCAUCGAUUGAUGAUACCGAGAUUCGAAACAAUCCACAUUGAAGAUUGCGAUGGUGAUUAUGGAGUGUUCGAAGAACUUUUCGACGGCAGCUUUGCAUUUGCCCUGUUGUCGUUGCAUUCCGUGUUACCCGUCCUACGCCAAUGUAGGCAAUAUAUACUCUCCCAUGGCGGAGGAAUUCUCAAGACAUACCUCGACUGA